GGUAUUUGCAUCUCGAGGUGGUGGUGAGUUUGCAUCUCUGACACAGGCUCGUCGGCUGACGCCGGUCAUGUGGUCAGCUGGCCCCGGGCUACGCCGGGCUGGCCGGCGGCUCGGGGGCUGUCUUGGUUGGGCUGUGACCGAGAGUGGUGUUCGUCUAUGGUGAAGGUGCUGGGAAUACAUCAUACAUGGCGACGAGGAUGAAUUAGAAGACAGGACGGCACCAGCUACCACGGUCCAAGGCAGGGAAGUAGCAAGUAACUGUUUAAGCAAGUAGCAAGUAAGUAAGCGAAAUGGCACAUGGCAAGCUGACAGCUUUCGAGCCAGCUGAGGAAACGUUUGAAAAUUACUUACAGCGUUUCCAGUUUUAUUGCUCAGCCAAUGAUGUACGAGCCGAGUCCAAGCAAAAGGCUUUGUUUUUAACGGUUGUGGGACAGGCAGUGUUUGGGAAGAUCAAAGAUUUGAUUAGUCCGGUCACAUUGGAGGAAGCUACCUUUGAGCUUAUCAAAGAGAAGGUCAAAAAUCAUUAUCAGCCACAGCUGGUAGAGAUCGCAGAACGCUACAAGUUUUUCCAACGCAGACAGCGUGAAGAGGAAACAGUUGCAGAAUACCUGGCUGAUUUGAAAAAGAUUGCCAGUAACGCUCAGUUUGGGGACUAUUUAGACACGGCUCUAAGAGAUCAGUUAGUGUGUGGCUUGUAUGAUAGUCGUUGUCAGAAGGAGCUGCUCUGCAUGACGUCCUUGACUCUCGAAAAGGCUGUUCAACAUGCCCGGGCAUUUGAAGCUGUGUCAAAGGAGGUCGGGGUAUUUUCAGCGUCCGGGGUACAUGAGAUCCAGAAAGACAGACUGAAGGGGCCGGGGUUGAGCUGUUUCCGAUGUGGUAGAGUGGGACAUGAUGCCGAUGCCUGUUGGCAUGUGAAAACUGUCUGCAACAAAUGUCACAGAAGAGGUCAUUUGGCCGUUGUAUGUCCGAAACAGUCGAAAAACAGAGAAAAUGGAAACUGGCAGUUUGCCAAGCGUGCUGAUCGUAGAACAGGAUUUCACAGGACGGCAGGAGAGAGAAAGUCCAGCAGUCACGCGGUAGAGGAGGUGCAGGAGACUGAGGGGCGACGACAUCCGGAGCAGCAACCGCAGUCACCAUCGGACUCGUCAGGUACCGAGGAGUUCGAAGUGCUGCACACGCACAAGGUUCGACGAGGUAAGCUGCUCACUUCUGUUCUUGUAAAUGGGAAACCGGUGACUAUGGAGCUAGAUACCGGAGCAGAGAUCACCACUCUGCCGCUACAUGUGUUUGAAAAGGUGUUUCCCGACACUCACUUAGAGCCCACUCACAAGAGGCUCAGUCAGUAUGACGGAUCACCGCUUAAAAUGAUUGGUGAAAUGCCAGUUACCGUGGAGUACAAGGGCCAAACGAUGACAGACAGCAUGUUGGUUGUAGAUGUCAAAAGUCGCUAUCCUCUACUGGGUAGAGAUUGGAUGUUCAAGGUACGGUUUGACUGGAACGAGAUAUUUUAUGGAAGGGUCGAGGAAGAGAAAACCAUGCAUGCGUUACAUGAAGUGUCUGUAUCUGCGUUCCAGAGGAAGUACCCAGAGCUCUUUUCGGAGGGGCUUGGGGAGGUCGCAGGAGCACAGGCGCAGGUGGAACUGGAAACCGGGGCGCAGCCACGGUUUUUCAAGAGCCGACCUGUUCCGUUCGCUCUGCGGGACAAGGUGAACAAGGAACUGGAACGCCAGAUCAAAGAAGGUGAUUCCGUGCUGCUGCGAGACCUGCGACCCGGCUCGGCGACUAAGUGGCGCAGAGCUACUGUUACUGGACGGGUCGGACCUCUGGUGUACGAGGUCUGCAUCGACGGCCGGACCCGGACCGCUCACCUGGACCACCUGCUGGCGGACCGGACCGUGCCGGACCGCCCGGUGCCGGCCGCUGUUCCGGGACCCGAGCCGGACCGCCCGGUGCCGGCCGCUGUUCCGGGACCCGAGCCGGCCCGAACCGACUAUAGAUCGGGGGAGUAUCUGGCGUACGACCGGUGCGCGUCUGCCGGUGGUGCAUCGGUGCCGCUGCCGAGUGAGAUCGAGACGCCCGGGGAGGCUCAUCGGCGUCGGGAGAGUGGGGACUCCCACAGGGAGCGGUCCCAGCGCUCUUCAGAGGACUCUGGAUUGUGGGGUGCGGGUGAGGCUCGUGUGCGACCGGGGAAUGAGUGUCAGAGUGAACCAGUGUUAAGACGUUCCGAGCGCUUGAGGAACAAGUUUUCGUGAAGGGGGGAAAAGUGAUAUGUACUGGUAUUUGCAUCUCGAGGUGGUGGUGAGUUUGCAUCUCUGACACAGGCUCGUCGGCUGACGCCGGUCAUGUGGUCAGCUGGCCCCGGGCUACGCCGGGCUGGCCGGCGGCUCGGGGGCUGUCUUGGUUGGGCUGUGACCGAGAGUGGUGUUCGUCUAUGGUGAAGGUGCUGGGAAUACAUCA